UUUCUUACCCAAGAAGUGAUGACGUUUUUCACACAGUACACGUUGAAAGUUUGUUGACAUGAAAAAACUGUAAUGGAUAAACAUUCAGUUAAUAUUGAUCUUGAGGGAAAUAUAGAUACACCACUUGUUGUAAAUAAGUCGUUCAAGGAAAGAGUCAUGGCCAUCAGCAUGAGUAAUGCUUCUGCUAGGGAGUGGUUUGCAAAGACAAGGGACGGUAUUCGGCCAUGGGGAGAGUUUGCUAACACCCAGAGAUUCCAGACACCCAAAGCUGUCGCUCCUCUGCCAAAACGAAUUGUCAAGAAUAUUGAACAUUUUCAGAGCAACUACCUUUUUGUUUUCAUUGGACUAGUCAUAGUUUGCAUACUGACAUCACCACUUCUGUUGGUUGCUAUUGGUGCUUGUCUGGGGGCUUGCUAUGUGAUCAACAUUAGGAACAAAGACAGCAAACUAAAACUAAUGGGUCGGGAGUUGACGAUAGCCCAGCAGUACGGUGUGGUGGGACUGUGUUCUUUUCCAUUGUUCUGGCUUGCUGGGGCAGGUUCUGCUGUGUUCUGGAUCAUAGGUGCUUCUGUGUUUGUGAUAAUGCUGCAUGCCUCAUUCUACACCCCUGGGGAUGAGGGGGAACCAUUUGACCUUGAAAUGGAACCGGUGUAGGGCAGUGAGGCUCACAUGCCCGUAGAACUUGCCGACAUUUCUGAAGAACUAAAUUGGAACUACUACAAUGGAUAUGCUUUGUUAGCUCGCCUUGAGCAAAGCUUGAAUAACUGGAUCAUGUCUGAUCCAGGAGAGGGUCAAUAGGUCAAAGACAAUGUGUUAAGAAAACCCUUCUUAACAUGUUUUUUGUAAUUAUAUAAAUACUAAUGAAGUAUUUUUGGGAACUACUUUCAAGUAUAAAAGCAGUGUUACUCGAAUAAACAAAUAUGUAUACAUGAAUUGCCUUCCAUCUAUCUGUAAAUGGUUACAUGAGGGCCCUUUUACCAUAAUUUAGUAUUAUGUACUACAUGAUGAACUUUCAGGAUUUGGGAAGUAUGUUCAUUUAUUUAUUGUUUUGAACUUGCAAGAGUUGAUGGGAAAAGAAAUGAGUGUAAGACAGCACCUGUUUUGGGCAGAAGUCUGUUGGACUUUCCACUUACAAAUUAAUUUUUCAAAAAUAUUUUUUUUAAAGCUAUGUUACAUGUUCAUCAAAGCAUGCUUUAUAGGAAGUUUUGAAGUUUUCAGAAAUUCACAAAAACUUUUUUAUGUCUAUCGGUAAAAUGGAAUUGUUGGUUUGACAGACUGCCAAGCUCCAAAAUUUAGGAGACUGUGCCAAAAGUAAGGUUCUCUCCUAGACUCCUUUUAGUGUUGAACCCUGGAAGUCCAAGUGUAUACACACUUUUAAAUUGAGACAUUAGGGAUCCGAAUUAAGAUCUCUGAAUUAUUGAAUGGUUUGGCAUUGUAUCACAUUUUGGUAUAUUUUUUACUUAAGGUUUGUAAGAUUAAGUUUGUAAACAAACUGGUUUGAGUACUGACUUUUUCUGUUGAUUGUAUAAAAAGAUGCACUUGUUUCUCCUGUUUGUUAGAUGCCUGUGAUAGAAGAGCUUAGGCCACAAUUAAAAAAGAGUUUGUUUGGCGUUAUCAAGGUCCAGAUAGUUAAGUCUUUUAGAGUUGCAUUUACUUUUUAUUCCCUUGAUUUCAUUACGAUAAAUGAAAAAAAAAUUAUGGGGCCAGAAAGGUUACAAUAAUAUUCAGGUUGUAGGUUUUUUAGUCAGUCAGUCGCGAUACGCCAAACAAACUAAUUAUGAAUUGUGGCCUUGUUAUUGAGAAAUUGUGCUUCGUUUCUUGUUAAGUUAUUAAAUGAUUAGUUUAGUGUCUUUAUGUUUUCAAACACUGUUUAAGUAUACUCAUACUCAAUAUAGACUAAUUGAAACUAUAUUUUAUGAAUUGUGCUGACUAGUUUUAAAUGAUUUGGUGUGCUUCUUAUUUAAAGUAAUAAUAUUAUAAUGUGCCGAAAUGCUGAAUCUCAUAUAGUAUUUUUAUAUGUAAACUUGGGUUAAUUUUACGAUUGUUGAGUUAUUGAUAAUAACAGCCAUCUUAUCUAUUUGUGGAUGACAAAAUGGGGCCGAUUGUUCAGAACUUUGUUAAAGUGAUUAAUGACAUCGUUGUUAACAUCAAGAUGUUUAGUUUAGUUUAAACUUAUUUAUUUUACAACGAUUGUGAAACCAGCUUUAGCAACUUAUAUUAAUCACUCUCGUUGGCACAAUGUUGCGCGAAAGUGUGGUCUUGUGUUGUGGGGGAAACAGGAGCACCCGACGAAAAUCCACUUGUCCGACAUGGUGACCACAAACCUAACUCAUAUGAACCCAGGCCGGGAAUCAAAUCCGGGUCAACUAGGUGAGAAGCGAGUGCACUAACCACUGCACUAACUGGACAACCAGUUAAGGUGUUUAAUAUUUAAUGUGCUCAUAGAAUUAAACAAGUAUAGCUCGAGUCUGAAAUCUUGUUAGAGAUACAGGAGAUCACAAGUGUAUCCAUUAAACUUUCAGAGCAGUAAAGAUUUGAAAGUUAACGAUAAUGAUGUUAACAACAUUGUUAACAUUAACAAAUUUCUGAACAAUUACCCCAAUGUCUUUUGAAUAAAAAAUUAAAUAGUUUAUAAGUGAUUGCCGGGAAUUGAAUUGAAAGAUUUUCCUGCAAUAUCAAAUAAAAUACCCUAAUUUGACCAAAAAAAGGUCUUAGUUAUAACUACUCAUAAAUUUUGAUUCGAAAAAAGUGAUGGCACAAUACAUGUUGACAAGAUGGCCACUAUUAUUUAUUGAACUUGCUUUUUUUCAAUUUUGAAACUUCCUUUUGUCAUGCAUUGUAAAUUGGUAUAAUGUAACCAUUACUUGUACAAGCUGUGUUCCGGAUUUGGCCAUAUUUAUAUACAUACAUGAUCAUCAGAUGUCAUCAGCAAUUUUGAGUCAAGUGGAGAGGAAGUAACCAUGUUGAAGUGUUACAAAACAGACUUAUAACAAUAUGUAAUAUUGAAUUUGAAAAACAUGUCAUAUUUAUAAAGAAAUAUUUCUUUAUUACAUGCCUAGGAGACAACGCAUGUCAUUUGAAAAAGACACUGUUUCCUCUAAAAGGGCUCAUUUUCGCUGACGACAAAUAAAAAUUAUAUUGGGUUGAAGGACAGCCAAUUAUGAGUAAUUGGGCCGAUUGUUCAGAACUUUGUUAAAGUUAACAACGUUAUUAACAUCAUCCUUGUUAACUUUCAAAUCAGUAUUGCUCUGUAAGUUUCACAGAUACACUUAUGAUUUGCAGUAUUCCUAACAAGAGGUGAUACAACUGUUUAAGCUGUACUUGUUUUAUUUGAAUAUAUGAGCAUAUCAGCAAAUAUUUCACCUUUAAAAGUUAACAACAAUGUCGUUAAUCCCGUUGUUAACUUUAACAAAGUUCUGAACAAUCGGGCCAAUGUUUAUGUAUUUUAGCACAAUUGUGAUUAUUGAUGAAUAUUUUUGUACAUCAAGUGGGCUUAUUUUUGGUCUCCAUAUUUAAAUAAUAAAAACAAAAACUAUG